AUGUUGUCCGAAACAGAAUUCCUGUCUCGCCUCCCUAUGCCCAUUAGCCACUUCCUUGGCUACAGAGCAACUGCCCCAAAGCCUCCUCCCAAGUAUCUCGUACAUUUCUGGUCAUUCAUCGGCGCGUUCUGUGGUCUCUGCGUAGUGCAGGCCAUCUUCAACUACUCCCACUACUUCAUUUCCCGUGGCGUCCCUGGUUUAAUCGCCUCAUAUGGAGCAUCUGCUGUACUCGUGUACGGGGCCAUUGAGAGCCCGUUGGCGCAGCCCCGCGCCUUGAUCUUCGGUCAUUUCUUCAGCGCGCUGACUGGUAUCUGCGUCACGAAACUGUUUAGCUUGAUGCCCGAUGAGGAGAAAUUCAAUUCGCUUCGCUGGCUGGCGGCUUCGCUCUCAUCUGCAAUUGCCAUUGUCGUCAUGCAGAUUACGGAAACAACUCACCCCCCUGCUGGCGCGACGGCUCUUCUUCCUGCGGUCGACGAAGCUGUCUGGGCUAUGUCGUGGUACUAUUUACCCGUGGUUCUACUCUCUUCGGCCAUGAUUCUGGCUGUGGCCCUGGUUGUCAACAAUAUCCAGCGUCGUUAUCCCGUGUUCUGGAUCAGCCCGGCUAAGCCAAAGCCCGCCCUUCCUCAGCCCAACGGUGCGAAAUGA